AUGAAACAAGAAAUGAUCAAAAAACUUACUGCUAAAUGGAAGGCACCCAAGGAAAUUCUAGACGGAAGAUGGGAACCACAACCAAAGACUAUAGAAAAACUAAAUGACUUAACAGUCAACCAGUGGCUGAAUAA